AUGUCCGAUUCCGAGCCCUUCACGUUCAUUGCUGAGGAGAGAGCAGGCGAAGCACCUCGGCUGUUUGAAGGCUUUUUGGAUCGUUCAUCUGCGCGUAUCCCACAGCCUGACGUUCCGCUUGUCACGGAGCUGCGGAAUCAGUACCCGGAGCUUAUCGUUACCACAAUUCCUGUUGACAACGUGAACCUCCUUGAGUUUGCUGCUGCAGGCUUUGCGCAAGCCGAGUUAGACUCUGAUGAUGAGCCUCUUGUGCGAUGGAGGGGUUUCGCUCCACCAGCACAACGCCACGGCAGAGGCCAAUUGGCUGAAGCGAGGUUCUUUGCCAAGUACCGCUAUAAGUGGAACAACGAGAACUUUAUCCUGUAUACUGUUAUCCUCGGAUUGACGGCAUUGCAAUACGUUCUAAAGGAACCUCAUGGGGAUGAAACAACAUCAGGCAACUCCACAAUUACGGACAGCCUCAUUCGGGCCAUUGGAGAAUGGUCCAUGACAGACGAAGAGCUGAUCUAUGUCUUCGACAAUGGUUUCUGGUCUGCGUCGAAGGGCUUGUGGGAGCAGGUCCAAAAGGCCUCGUGGGACAAGGUCAUCCUCGAUCCGAAGACUAAGAAGGAGUUGACGCAAGUUAGUGGAAAGUUCUUCGAUGGUAGAGAGGUCUACGAGGAGUACGGGGUGCCCUGGAAACGAGGUCUCAUCUUCCACGGGCCAGUUGGGAACGGCAAGACAAUCUCCAUCAAGGCGUUAAUGCACACACUUUAUCAGCGCGACCCGAAGGUUCCCUGCCUGUACGUCAAGAGUGCACCAUAUACCUACAAUCUCCGCGGCGUGUUCCAGUUUGCCAGGAUGAUGGCACCCUGUCUUCUGAUUCUAGAGGACAUUGAGACAAUUGUCACCGCCUCGACAAGGUCAUACUUCUUCAACGAGGUCGAUGGCCUUGAGAACAACGACGGUAUUCUAAUGAUUGCCACUACAAACUAUUUGGACCGACUUGAUCCUGGUCUUUCGAAGCGCCCAAGUCGGUUCGACCGCAAGUAUCUAUUCCCAUUACCCAACCUUGAUGAGAGAGUUCUGUACUGCGAAUACUGGUACGGCAAGCUGAAGAGCAAGCCUGCGAUUGACUUCCCUCGGCUAUUAUGUCGCCCGAUUGCCGACCUGAUGGACGACUUUUCGUUUGCAUAUAUGCAGGAAGCAUUUGUAGCAACAUUACUGGUCCUCGCACGCGAUCAGGAGGAUGAUGAGUUUCAGACCAGCGUAUAUAAUCGUGGCACUCGAGAUGAAGAGCAGUACGAGUUCUACCGAGUGAUGAAGGCACAGGUUAAAACACUGCGAGAUGAGAUGGGAGAUCCAGAGGCUUCCCCCGAGAUGUUUACCGUCCCACCUACCCCCGGAUCAAAUGCCAACGCCUUUGGUGGUGCCUUUAGUAUAGCAGCUCCUGGACGUGCUGGCAACUUUGCUGUGGGAAGUCGUACGAUCCAAGGCUCUGGUGUUUCCGAUCAAAGCGGAAAUCGCCGCCAGACGGCGUUCCUUCAACAAGGGAUUGAUGGUGAUGGUAUGUCGUUUUCCGCCUCAUUUGCCCUCAGAAGGAGCUUUCCUGUACAUACUACAUACGACUCUGGAUCACUUUUCAAAAAGAUAAUCUUGGCUUCAACGACCUUUGCCCACAUGUAA